AACCUAAUUGUAAUCAUCGUAACGCAUGUCGUAAGUGUAUUGUUAUUGAAACUACAGCUGCCAGUUGUCAAAAUUCCACUCGUUCGAUCUGCGUGUGAUAUAAAAUAAAGAAAAAAGUAUAGGAAAAUAGGAUGUUAAUUAAAACAAGUCCGUCUUAGGCAGAAUUAAAACACUGUAUUAUUUGGGGACUGAUUAAAAAGCAAGAGAAAUGGGAGAACGCAAAGGAACAAAUCUUUAUUAUCCGCCCGAUUACGAUCCACGGGUUGGUGGGCUGAAUAAAUUUCAUGGGACUCAUGCAUUGCGAGAAAGAGCCCGCAAAUUACACAUGGGUAUACUCAUCAUCAGAUUUGAAAUGCCAUACAACAUAUGGUGUGAAGGAUGUGGCAAUCAUAUUGGGAUGGGCGUUCGUUAUAACGCCGAGAAAAAGAAAAUUGGAAUGUACUAUAGCACUCCUCUGUAUCAAUUCCGAAUGAAAUGUCACCUUUGCGACAAUCAUUUUGAGAUAAAGACUGAUCCAGCAAAUCUCGAUUACGUGAUAGUAAGUGGUGCGAGACGUCAAGAAAAUAGAUGGGAUCCUAAAGAAAAUGAACAGGUGGUACCAGAAACGAAAGAAGUAUCUUGCAGACUGUACGACGAUGCUAUGUACAAGUUGGAGCACGGAAUAGAGGAUAAGAAAAUAGCAAAAUCGCGGAAUUCUUCAUUGGAAACCGCGAUAGCAUUAAACGAAGCUACAUGGAAAGACGAUUAUGCUUCGAAUUGCGUAUUACGUUCCGCAUUUAGAACACGAAAGAAGGAGUUGGAGAAGAAACAGGGUUUGGAUCAAAUGUUGCUUAAAAAAAAUGGACUCAAUAUAGAUCUAGUAAAUGAACACGAGGAUGAUAUAAAAUUAGCAAAAUUACUGACGCAUAAACGAGACACGAAGAAAACCAAACAGAGUCAUCUAAAGCGGCUUGUUUCCGUUGUACGAUUUAGAGAUAAGUUAAAGAAUACGCCGUCUGCUACAUCCGUUAGCGGUAUUAAAAAACAAAUAGGACAAAUACCCAAGCUGCCACGAGUGAGCGAUCAGGAACCUUCAACAUCGAAACCUGCUACUAGUACGCUAAGUACGUCGCUAGUUACUUACGACAGUUCGGAUACUGAUUCAUAGCGUUUUGUACUUGCAUUAAAGGAACAUGUACAUAUGUAACUAAAACGAUGUCUUACUAUAAAUAUAAAAAUAGGAAUUAGCUUACUAGAA